AUGGGUAACAUAGAUUUAAAUAUAGGAAAAAAUACAUCAAAUGUCGGAAAGAAUGAUAAUACAAAUGGAAAUAAUAAAUUAUUGUCAACUAUUGAUAAGAAAAAGAACAAAAUAAACAUUAAAAAAUUUAAAAACGUUAAAAUUUCAAAAGAAAAUAUCGACCAUAAUGAAGAUGAUAAUGAUGAAAAUUCAAACGAACAAAAUAAUAAUAACAAAUAUAGAAAAGAAAUAGAGGAAGCGGAAGAAGCGGAGGAAGAGGAGGAAGAGGAAGAAGAAGAGAAUGAAGAGAAGGGAGAGAAGGGAGAGAUAUCCAAGGAAUCAACAAAAAAGAAAAAGAAAAGUAUGGUAUCUGCCUUACUUUCAUCUCUCAAUCAGAUUAUAACUCUUUCGUCAGAAAUAUACGCAGAAUCUGAAGAUGUAAAUGUUAACAAAGAUCAAGAUGAUGAACCAGAAGAAAAUAUUGGAAAUGGUAAAAAACAAACAAACUUGUUGUCUCAAAGUUUUAAUAGUAGAAAUAAGAAAAGAAUACUACGAAAUAGGAAAGAACCUGAAAUAGAGUCAAAUAAAAUAUCUCAGAAAGCUAACAUCAAUUUCCUUUUACAUCACUCAGAUGAAAACAAACAAGAUGAAUCACAGAAGGAUUAUAAUGAUGAUGACGAUGAUAAUGAUGAUGUUGAAAGUGACGAGAGUAUAACUUUGAAAGAAAUAGAGAGCAAUAUACCUAUAACUUCAAGGGAUAGAGAACAAAUAUACCAAAAUAUAGAUCAUUUGGUGGAAAGGAAUGAAAUAAUAUUACAAAAUAGACAUAAAAAGAGGAAAAAGGGAGACAGAAAGAUUAAACAACAUACAAUCAUCAACGAGGAUCAGAAUAAUAUACAAACUAAUACCAUAUAG